AAGAUCUGCGGAUGAAAUGUCAGGCAAUAAAAAAUUACCCUGUCAAAAAGAGGCUUGUGCUAUCCAGAAGUGCUUGCAAGGUAAUCUCGUAUAAUGAAUAAAGGGGGUAAGUUUCUAAAGAAACUGUGGUGCUGCGUCGGGGGAAGAGUAAAGCAGGUAAUAUAAUUUAGUGUUAACAACUGAGUUGAAAACGUAAAUUGGCCACCGUAAAGGGUAAAAAGCUGACGUUUCGAGCGUUAGCCCUUCGCCAGAGCGAUUGUAUAAUCUCGUAUAUAAUCUCGUAUAUAAUCCCGUAUAUAAUCUCGUAUAUAAUCUCGUAUAAUUUCGAGGCGCCUAAAAAUUAGGCUACUCACACGUAAACGGGCAAUUCAUGGCUAGGUAAUUCCGAAGUUUAAUUUUUCUCGUACUUUUGAAAUUACGUCAGCCACGAGUAUUGCUCCUUUUUUUUUUAACACAACUAUUAAUGCCGAUCAUGAACAUUUCUACUCGCUUUGUACAGUAGAACUGGUUUGAAUCCAGGAGUGAUAUUUGAUAGUGUACUCUAAUCGUCCAAAUAGUCCUGGAACAGGAAGGACUGUGUCGGUAAUAGUACGUGACUUUGAUGACGAAAAUUCACUACUACAGAUAACAGUCCUUCCCAGGGCUUCUCCGGACGAUCGCAAGACACGAUAAAAUUGACUAAGAAAAUGCCGUGAAUUGAUGGGCUGUAAAGUUUUGGAUGUGGGGGAGGGGGUGGUGGGGGCAGCAGUGGGGGGUAGGGUUUGGUGUGGGUUGGAGGAUGGAGAUGUAUGGACCAUCAAAAUUAAACCAUGCCUAAAAUAUAAUAGUUUGAUAAUAAUAAUUAUUAGUUCAUAUCUUUAUUUUCCACCAAGAAUAUAAUUAUCAAGAGGACAGAUGCCAACAUGUGAUUAACAACAUGAAGAAAUGCUGUCAAAAGAUUUCAGCUAUAAACACUGAACUGUGCUUGGGCUUCAAACAGAACUUGAGCAGCAAAAAGUAAUGAACAGAGAGAGGUAGUAAAGGACUUCACCCAGAGAGCAAGAGUGAACAACUGAGACACCUUCAUAGGCUGAAAUAAGUUGAUCUCUGCACUGUCAGCUAGCAAGAAAAUCAGCAGAUAAGAGUUGACUUACAGAUGUUUUGAAGUCUGUUUAUGCACAUUGUGGCUGACUUGAAGACAG